GUCCUGAUAAGAAUGCAUCGUCAUAUCUUUAACAACGGGUCGUCCAAAUAUUAGCAGCAGGAUGCUUUUGACAGGCGUACUUAUAAGAAAAUUGUAGAAAAAAUUACCGCAGUAUCACAAAGUGUGUUGAACGGAGAUGUUUUUAUUUUUGUUUGCUUUACUUGCUUCGUGCAGAGCUGCCCCCCUCACAGAAGAUGAUAAUGAAACGGAAUUCGGUAACCAUUUCGAAGGUGAUAUGGUACUCAGUGCGUCUCAAAUGCGCGCAAUAAACUCCGCGCAAGAUGAACGAAACGGCUUAUUGGAUGGCGCCAAACGCUGGCCAAAUCAAACAGUUGUUUAUUACAUUGAUAAAGACGAUUUCGAUGAAAAUCAAAUAAAAAUGAUCGAGGAGGGCAUGGCCGAUAUAGCUAAUAAGAGUUGCAUAAAAUUCAGACCACGUGCAUCUGUAGAACAUGCCUUGAAAAUUCAGGGUUCAGGAAAUGGGUGCUAUUCUAAUGUAGGUUACAAUACGGAAGAUGACGACGAUGAAUCGAAUCAGGUCUUGAAUUUGUCUAAAAGAUGCUUCAAGCACGGCACUGUGGUGCACGAACUGCUACACACACUUGGUUUUUAUCACAUGCAGAGUACAUAUGAUAGGGACAAUUACGUGGAAAUUGUGUGGGAAAAUAUUAAGUCAGGACACGAGCACAAUUUUGCAAAAUAUAAUAAUGACACUGUAACAGAUUACGGCGUUCCAUACGACUAUAAUAGCGUCAUGCAUUAUCCAGAAGUGGCAUUUUCUAAAAAUGGAAAUAAAACUAUUAUCCCAUUGCAGGAAAAUGUAAAGAUUGGACAAAGACAGGGUAUGUCGGAAAGUGAUAUAGUGAAGCUCAAUAAAAUGUACUGCGAUAAUGAUGAUGGAAGUGCAAUGUAUAAGACAAUGAAGUUGGUAUAUUUUGUGACUUUCUUGUGUUUUUUUAUUGUGAAGUGUGGAUCUAUGUCACAGAGUGAAAUAGAAGAUUUUGCGAAUUUCAUACAGGAAACAUCUCACUUGGAUCAAAAUCUAAAAAGUAAGGAUCCCGAAGCAGACUAUGAUGAAGACGAACCAGUUGACAAUGCUUGGGAAGAAAGUGGGAAAUUCGAAGGAGACUUAAUUUUAAAUGAUCGGCAGCGUCGGAUGAUUGUCGCCAAUGUUGUAGAAGGUCUUGCUCGUAAUGGACUAACAGAUAGCACAAAACGGUGGCCAAAUAAUGAAGUUGUUUAUUUCAUACAGCGGGAACACUUUAAUCUUGAUCAAGUCCAAGCAAUUCAAGAUGGCAUAGACGACUUAGCCCGCGCUUCCUGCGUAAAAUUCAUUCCAUACAAAAAAGGCGAUCGUGAUGCGGUGGUUAUACAGGGAAGUAGGCGCGGGUGUUUCUCUCAAGUUGGUUACCAGGGCGGCUACCAAGUUCUCAACUUAUCUGGCCGUCACCCAGUUGGGCGUGGCUGUUUUCGCCACGGAACUGUUGUUCAUGAACUUCUACAUACUCUCGGAUUUUAUCACAUGCAGAGUAGUCCCGAUCGAGACGACUAUAUCAAUGUGCAUUGGGAAAAUAUAAUACAAGCUGCUCGACAUAAUUUCCGCAAGUACAACACUUUUUCCGUGUCUGAUUUUGGAGUUGGCUACGACUACGAGAGCGUACUGCAUUACGGUCAAAAAGCGUUCUCUGUCAAUGGACAAGACACUUUAGUGCCAAAACAGCUGGGAGCGAAUAUCGGCCAAAGAGUUGGUUUAUCACAAAAAGAUGUUCAAAAAUUGAACAAAAUGUAUUGUGACGCAGACUCUGACCUGCUUUUAGACGACUCAUCCAAGACUCCUGUCCUUAAAAAGAAAACUAGCAAAAAUAAACCCUUUCAGGGUCGCGGAAUAGGAUAUCAUCAAGGUAAAACCGUGGUGAUAAAUCUAGCUGAUGCACAAACAUAUAAUUUGAAUGAUUUUGAUAAGCUUAAUGAUUUUAGCGGCGCAAAAGAAACCAGUAUGCCUUCAAUGUCUGUUCAAGGAAUUGGAGUUACUCAAGUGAUAAAUAAUUUUCCUAUAUCUGAAACUAUGCUAAAUAAAAUGAGAGAUGAAAGCAAAGAUCUGCAAGGAGUAUUAGAUAGAUUUUCGAAUGUAGUCAAUAGUAAGAUAAAUCCGUCAGAUGCCAGAAAAUUUGAUUAUGAACAAUCCAAUGAAUAUAACGCUCCGAUAAGAGAACGUAUGCAACCUAAACCAUAUUUAAAUCACAUUCAGAAUGGCGAGUGGUAUAGAGAACCUGUUAGUGAACCCCAAGAUGAUGAAGAAAUAUUAGCAUUAAGGAACAAAGAAAAUAUAUAUGACCUUCCAGACAGUGUUCGUUAUCACACCGAUGAUAACGAACGAGAAAUCAACGGAUACAAUAAAAACAUUGCGUAUCAUACUAAUAAUCAAGAUUAUUCACCAAUUAAGGAAAACAGAAUAAAUAACUAUAUUAGAUUACGCACUUAUAAGGAAGAUGCACCAUAUAAUCAUGACAACUUAUAUGAAGCUCCAUCUCAAAUUUAUCGAGAAUCUGGAAAGUUGUUAAGUACAAAAUCAUUUAUAAACGCACCAGAAUAUCUUCAAAGUAUACCAAAUAACAAUCAGCGGCAAAUGCAACAAUUUCAUGAUAUUUAUUUAAACAAUAGAUAGAUAUCUAAGAAUGGUACCAAACACUUUUAAAAAUAUAUAACUUAAAUGAUAGUAAUUAUAACACAAUAAGUGUAAGUAUACGAAAUAAAUUAUGUUAACCAUUAUUUUG